AUGGAAGAAGAAGUCGCAGCACUCGUUAUUGACAACGGUUCUGGUAUGUGUAAAGCCGGUUUCGCCGGUGAUGACGCUCCAAGAGCUGUUUUCCCAUCCAUCGUUGGUCGCCCACGUCACCAAGGUGUCAUGGUUGGUAUGGGCCAAAAAGAUUCUUACGUUGGUGAUGAGGCUCAAUCAAAGCGUGGUAUCCUCACUCUCAAAUACCCAAUCGAGCACGGUAUCGUUACCAACUGGGAUGACAUGGAGAAAAUUUGGCAUCACACCUUCUACAACGAACUCCGCGUUGCUCCUGAAGAACACCCUGUCUUGUUAACCGAGGCUCCCCUUAACCCAAAGGCAAACAGAGAAAAAAUGACUCAAAUCAUGUUUGAGACAUUUAACGCUCCUGCUUUCUACGUCGCCAUCCAAGCUGUCUUGUCUUUGUACGCUUCCGGUAGAACAACUGGUAUCGUUUUGGAUUCUGGUGACGGUGUGUCACACACUGUUCCUAUUUAUGAAGGUUACGCACUCCCUCACGCAAUUAUUAGAUUAGAUUUGGCCGGUAGAGACUUGACUGACUACCUUAUUAAGAUAUUGAUGGAAAGAGGUUACCCAUUCACCACUUCAGCCGAACGUGAAAUUGUUAGAGACAUUAAGGAGCGUCUGUGUUACGUUGCUUUGGACUUUGAGCAAGAGUUGCAAACUGCCAACCAAUCUUCUGCUUUGGAGAAGUCUUACGAGUUACCAGAUGGUCAAGUUAUCACUAUCGGUAAUGAGCGUUUCAGAGCUCCAGAAGGUCUGUUCAAGCCAUCAUUGCUUGGUUUGGAAGCAGCUGGUAUUCACGAAACUACUUACAACUCCAUCAUGAAGUGUGAUCUCGAUAUUCGUAAGGAUCUUUACGGUAACGUUGUCAUGUCGGGUGGUACGACUAUGUACCACGGUAUCCCAGACCGUAUGCAGAAGGAAUUGACUGGUUUGGCACCAUCCUCAAUGAAGGUUAAGAUUGUUGCCCCACCAGAGCGUAAGUACUCUGUAUGGAUUGGUGGUUCUAUUCUUGCGUCUCUCUCAACCUUCCAACAAAUGUGGAUCUCGAAGCAAGAAUAUGACGAAUCUGGUCCUUCAAUCGUUCACCGUAAGUGCUUCUAA